AUGUCAGCAGCUUCGAUGUUUGCGAGGGCGUCGCGGGGCGUGUGCACGAGGAGCGCCUGGAGCGGACUGAGGACACAGGACACGGCUGCACGGAGAAUACCGGCGCUUUCAGCGCUCGCGCGAUACUAUGCCUCGAAUUCCUACCCACCACACACAGUCAUCUCUAUGCCGGCGCUGUCGCCAACGAUGACCGCCGGAAACAUCGGAUCGUGGCAGAAGCAGCCCGGCGAUGCACUCGCGCCUGGUGAUGUGCUUGUCGAGAUUGAGACGGACAAGGCGCAGAUGGACUUUGAAUUUCAAGAGGAUGGCAUCCUUGCUAAGAUCUUGAAGGAGUCCGGCACCAAAGAUGUCGCAGUUGGCAACCCCAUCGCGGUUAUGAUCGAGGAGGGCGGCGAUGUCUCCGCUUUUGAGAACUUUUCCCUCGACGAUGCAGGCGGCGAKAAGGCGCCAGCCGCGAGCAAGAAGGAGAGCGGCCAGGAGGAUACCAUGGCCUCUGAGCCACCGUCUUCUAGCUCCGAAACCGCGCCCUCCGCAUCCAAGCAGGAGGCCCCCAAGGCACAAGAGUCCGAGUCGACCGGAGAGCGACUACAGACCUCCCUCGAGCGUGAUACUGGCGUCUCUCCAUCCGCGAAGAAGCUUGCGCUCGAAAAGGGCGUGGCCAUCUCCUCCAUCAAGGGUACCGGCAAGGGUGGUCAGAUCACCAAGCAGGACGUCGAGAAGGCCAAGCCCGCUGGCGGUGCUGCACCUGCAGUCGGAGGAGCUCCUGCAGCUGCUGCCUUUGAAGACGUCGAAGCCACUAGCAUGCGCAAGACCAUCGCCGCUCGUCUCACCCAGUCCAUGCAGCAGAACCCCCACUACUUUGUUGCCUCCUCCGUCUCCGUCGGCAAGCUGCUCAAACUUCGCGCUGCUCUCAAUGCCUCCGCCGACGGCAAGUACAAGCUCUCUGUGAACGACUUCCUCAUCAAGGCACUUGCACACGCGGCUCGCAAGGUCCCAGCUGCGAACAGCUCAUGGCGUGAGGAGAACGGCAAGGUCUUCAUCCGCCAGCACAACACCGUGGAUGUCUCUGUUGCCGUUGCUACGCCCGUUGGACUCAUGACCCCUAUUGUCAAGAACGUUACUGGCACAGGCCUUGAAGCUGUCUCAUCWCAGAUCAAGGAUCUUGGAAAGCGCGCCCGCGAUGGAAAGCUUAAGCCAGAAGAAUACCAGGGCGGGUCGAUAACGAUCUCGAACAUGGGCAUGAACAACGCUAUUGACCGCUUCACCGCAGUCAUCAACCCACCCCAAGCUACCAUCCUGGCAGUCGGUGCCGUGAAGAAGGUCGCCAUUCCUAAAGAGUUGGAAGACGGCUCCGAAGGCGUCGAGUGGGAUGAGCAGAUUGUCCUCACCGGUUCUUUCGACCACAAGGUGGUUGAUGGCGCUGUGGGAGGCGAAUUCAUGCGGGAACUCAAGAAGGUCAUUGAGAACCCGUUGGAGCUGCUGCUCUAG